AGUAAAGCACGCACGCGUCCCGAAUUGAUCCCCAUUAAAACGCGCCCCCUCGACGUCUCCGCACCGCCAAACCACCACCUCCCGAUGGACGCCCUCGCCGCAGUCACCGCCUCCUCCCUCUUCGCCCCCGUUGCGAAGCCGCGCGGCGUCCUCCCUUUUCUCCACGGCCCCCGCGCCCGCCCCCGCGGUUCGCUCCUCGCCAUCCGCUGCGCCCACUCCCGCGCCCCGCCUCCGCCCCUCCCGCGAGCCGACGAUUUGGAGGGGGCCGCCGCCGCCCACCCGCGGCUCCGCCUCCGCCGUCUCGCCGAGGAGUUCCGCGCGCUACCGUCAGACGCGGACCGCGCGCGCAGGCUCCUGUCCCUCGCGGCCGCGCUCCCGCGGCUCCCGGAGUCCGACCGCGCCCCGAACAACCGCGUCAUGGGGUGCGUCGCGCGGGUGUGGCUCGUGGCCCGGUGCGACGGGGCCGGCAGGAUGCGGUUCGCGGCCGACUCCGACUCGGAGCUCUCUCGUGGGUACUGCGCAUGCCUCGUCUCCGCGUUGGACGGGGCGCGGCCCGAGGAUGUGCUCGCCGUCGACCCCGCCGACCUCGCGCCGCUCGGGUCGGCGGCGCGGUCGCGUGCCAGCACGUGGCACAACGUGCUCGUCGGUAUGCAGAAGCGGGCGCGGGCGGCCGUCGCGGCGCGCGAGGGCAGGCACCCCGGGGAGCCCUUCCCGUCGCUCGUCAUCGGUCGCGACGGCGCCGUCCGCGCGCAGGGCAGCUACGCCGAGGCCCAAGCGAUGUUUCUAUCUCCUGAUGAGUCCAAGAUUUUAGAGCUUGUGAGUACCCUUAUGGAGAAAAAAAUUGGGGUUGUUGCGCACUUUUAUAUGGAUCCUGAGGUGCAAGGCAUUCUUACUGCUGCGAAGAAACAGUGGCCCCACAUCCACAUAUCCGAUUCCUUGGUAAUGGCAGAUAGUGCUGUCAAAAUGGCUGAAGCAGGAUGCGACUAUAUUACAGUGCUAGGUGUUGACUUCAUGUCAGAAAAUGUUCGGGCAAUACUUGAUCAAGCAGGAUUUAAUAAGGUUGGUGUUUAUAGAAUGUCUAGUGAACAAAUUGGCUGCUCCUUAGCAGAUGCUGCUUCAAGUUCUGAAUAUACUCAUUUUUUGAGGGAAGCGUCAAGAUCUCAUCCUUCUCUACAUGUUAUUUACAUCAAUACCUCUCUGGAAACAAAAGCUCAGGCUCAUGAACUUGUUCCUACAAUAACCUGUACCUCUUCUAAUGUUGUUGCAACUAUAUUACAGGCAUUUACCCAAAUACCAGAUAUUAAUGUCUGGUAUGGUCCUGAUUCAUAUAUGGGUGCGAACAUAGCAGAUCUGUUUCAGAGAAUGGCUACCAUGUCAGAUGAAGAAAUAACAGCAAUACAUCCAGAUCACAACAGGAAAUCUAUAAACUCAUUAUUACCACGGCUGCGCUACUACCAGGAUGGUAAUUGUAUUGUUCAUGACAUGUUUGGUCACGAGGUUGUGGAGAAAAUAAAGGAGCAAUAUUGUGAUGCAUUUCUAACAGCACACUUUGAGGUCCCUGGAGAAAUGUUCUCUUUGGCGAUGGAAGCAAAAACGAGGGGAAUGGGAGUUGUUGGAUCUACUCAAAACAUCUUAGAUUUCAUUAAGGAUCAUCUGAAGGGAGCUUUGGACAGGAAUGUUGAUGAACAUCUUCGGUUUGUGCUAGGAACAGAGUCAGGGAUGAUCACUUCAAUUGUUGCUGCAGUCCGUGAAUUAUUUGAUUUGUAUAGUUCUUCUCUAGAGAGAGCAAAUAUUGAAGUGGAAAUUGUGUUCCCAGUUUCAUCGGAUGCAGUUUCUAAGACAUCUAUCAAUGGUUCCCAUCAUCUUGGUUCUUCAAUAGCUAGUGAUUUAGAUAAUCUUACUAUUGUUCCUGGUGUGAAUUCUGGUGAAGGUUGCUCUAUCCAUGGAGGCUGUGCCUCGUGCCCUUACAUGAAGAUGAAUUCUCUAGGAUCGCUACUUAAGGUUUGCCAUCAGCUUCCUGAUGAAGACAACCGGUUAUCUGUAUAUCAAGCUAGCAGAUUUAAUGCUAAGACUCCUCUUGGGAAAUCUGUUGCGGAGGUUGGGUGUGAGCCUAUUUUGCAUAUGAGGCAUUUCCAGGCAACAAAGAGGUUAUCAGACAAGCUUGUUCACCAGGUUGUCCAUGGUAAUGGAGGGGAACCUUUGUGAUAGCAGUUCAUCAAUACUUAUAUUAAUUUUGUCCAGGUGGUUAUGGAGAAUGAAUUCCGUUGUACCUCAGUUGAAUGCCAUCUUUAGCUGUCACAACUCUGAAGGGGGCAUUACCCGAUUUUGUACCGUAUGGGAUUUCCAUGUUGUUGUAUCUGCUGGUGGAGAGGAAAAUACCCAGAAAUUUUCAAUGGUAGAUAGGUGAGUUGACCUGUUAUUGUUCCCAGUCAAAUUGUAUGUCCUGGGAAAAUUGAUACAACAAGCUCGCGCCACAAUUCUGUGCGCUGCAUGUAGCAGAGAGGAAAGAAAGCUCAUGUAUGUUGAUGUAAGCCUGUAAGGAGCAUUUGGAUCUCAAAUCAUAUCUCGGAAGUGAACUGAUGCACUUGCUCUGUCAAAUCAUAUCUCGGAAGAGAACUGAUGCAUUUGGAUCUCAAAGCCUGUAAGGAGCAUUUGGAUCUCUUGUUUGGGCCGUCAAACCUUGUAUGUGUAUCUUUAGAACCCGAGAUGCAUUAGAGCUAUUGCUCUGCUACUCUGCAGUUCGCCUUCGAAAAUGUUUGGACGAGAUAUGGCUGCUACUGUUGUCGCAGCUGCUACUAUGGUAUUGGAUUUUUGUGUGUUUAUUUCCUUUUCGGCUUGUAUCAACUGUUUGCUUCUAUCUUAAUACAUCCCAUCACUUAUUGGAAUGCA